AUGGAUGCAAUUCCAAGUGUAGACCAAAUUUCACUAGCAACUGCAGUUGCAAUAGUUGGUAUUAUUGGGCUGCUUACUCUGUGGCUCAUCAAUGGAUAUCUCAAGAAAAGCUGGAAAUUGAAGACAUCUUCAGGCCUCACUCCUCCACCUGAAAUACCGGGCUUACCGGUGAUUGGGAAUUUACUGCAACUGAGAGACAAGAAACCUUACAAGACUUUUAUCAGGUGGGCCGAGAAAUAUGGCCCGAUAUACUCUAUUCGAACUGGCUCCAAGACAAUUGUUGUCCUCAACUCUGUUGAUGUUGCCAAGGAGGCUAUGGUGACUAGAUUCUCAUCAAUCUCGACAAGAAAGCUUUCAAACGCAUUAAAGAUCAUUUCUUGUGAUAAAAACGUGAUUGCACUCUGUGAUUAUGGUGAUAUUCAUAAGACAUUCAAGGGGCAUAUUCUCAAUAGUAUGUUGGGAUCUAACGCGCUGAAACGAUUUGAAAUUCACAGGGAUGCCAUGAUAGAAAACAUGUCGAAGCAAUUACGAGCUUGUUUGAAUGAGAAUCCUCAGGCAAUAGUGAAUUUCAGAAAAUAUUCCAGUCUGAACUUUUCGGACUGA